AACAAACAGUACGCAACAAAAUCUUUGCCGAGGAAGAGAAAACGGUACAGUUGAAGUCGACGACUUCGAGCUUCAAGGCUCACUUUGUCGGUCACGUAAAUCUCGUCUGUGGUUUUCAGAUCUCUACUUUGGUGUUCGAUUCUUCGUUUCUGUUCGGAGAAUCAACACCUUUUGCUCUCUCUCUACAUUAUCUGCUUAGAUCCAAAUCUCAGGCUUCCUCACAAUUCUCGAUCUCCUCUUCAUCAACGGCCCUGAUUUUCCCGCAUUUUUCAGUGCCGUUCAGUUCAGCUUGAUGGUAUGGGGGUAGAGGAGACUAAGAAAGAUAUGGAUAUCAGCAAUUGGUAUUUAGAGCUGGCUUAUGAUGAGUGGGUAUCACUCCCUGUUCCUGGUUCACGACCUUCGGCUCGCUACAAGCAUGCAGCAACUGUGGUUGAUGAGAAACUAUACAUUGCUGGAGGGAGUCGAAAUGGGCGGUACCUUUCUGAUGUUCAGGUGUUGGACCUUAGAACUCUGGAAUGGUCUAGUCUAAAGUUGACAACUGAGUUAAAUGCUGGCAAAUCUGAAGAUGGUGGCUCACAAGAAGUUCUUCCGGCCAUCUCAGAUCACAGAAUGAUUAAGUCAGGAAACAAACUCCUCCUCAUUGGUGGGCACUCAAAGAAAUCUUCAGAUAGCAUGAUAGUUCGGUUCAUCGACCUAGAAACUCAUGUCUCUGGUAUCAUAGAGGCCUCAGGAAAAGUUCCGACAGCUCGUGGUGGACAUUCUGUGACACUGGUUGGUUCUAGACUGAUUUUGUUUGGUGGAGAAGACAGGAGCAGGAGGUUGCUGAAUGAUGUACAUGUUCUUGAUCUUGAAACAAUGACCUGGGAUGUUAUGGAGACAACGCAGACAUCUCCAGCUCCCAGAUUUGAUCACACCGCUACAGUGCAUUCAGAGCAUUACCUUUUGAUUUUUGGUGGUUGUUCUCAUUCAAUCUUCUUCAAUGACCUUCAUGUGCUUGAUCUGCAGACUAUGGAGUGGUCCCAACCGCAAAUUCAGGGUGAUGCUGUGACUCCUAGAGCAGGACAUGCUGGAAUAACUAUUGAUGAAAAUUGGUAUAUUGUUGGUGGUGGAGAUAACAGCAGUGGUUGCCGAGAAACCCUUAUGUUAAAUAUGUCUAAGCUAGUUUUUACGACGGUAACCAGGUUAAAGGGAAGGCAUUUCCUUGCUAGUGAGGGGCUCAGUGUUUCCUCAGCAAUGGUUUGUGGAGAGAAGAUUUUGGUUGCUUUUGGUGGCUAUAAUGGGAAAUACAAUAAUGAGGUUUUUGUUAUGAGACUUAAACCAAGGGACUCAGCACGACCAAAGAUUUUCCAGUCACCUGCAGCAGCAGCAGCAGCAGCUUCAGUUGCUGCUGCAUAUGCCUUGGCCAAAUCUGAAAAGUUAGAUUUCUCCCAACCUUUAGCUUUGAACUUGAAGGAAGAUGCUUUGUUGAAACAAGAUCUUACAAAUGAAAUUGAUGCAAUUAAAGAAGAGAAGAAGGUGGUGGAAUUGUCACUCGCAGAAGCGCAAGCAGAAAACUCUAGAAUCAGGGAAAAGAUUAAUGAAGUGAACAGUACUCAUUCUGAAUUAUCUAAAGAACUCCAGUCUGUCCAAGGUCAACUAGUAGCUGAGAGAUCGAGAUGCUUUAAACUCGAGGCACAAAUUGCUGAACUACAGAAGAUUCUGGAAUCGUUGCCGUCUAUUGAGAAUGAGGUGCAAAUACUUAGGACACAGAAGUCUGCAUUGGAACAGGAAAUCGAGCUUACAUCUGCCCAGAGACAAGGUUCUGGUGGUGUUUGGCGGUGGAUAGCUGGAGGCAAUCCAUAGAACUUGCAAAGCUUUUUGUUUAGAAUUUCAAAGUAAUCCACCAUUGCAGCUUGCCCCAGGAACUUAUGAUCUUUACAUCAGAUAUCACGAUAUGUCCAGAACAAAGUAUGGUACUAUUUUGUACCUGGUGGGCAGCAUGCAUUGGAGCUCAUGUCGUAGAAAUUUCUUGAGACAAGUUGGAACUUGGUGGUUGAUAGUCUACAGUGGAUUUGUUUACUAGUUUGCUUGGAUGAUUUACUUCUUUUUUCCUUGUAAUUGGUCAUCAUUAAAUUAUUUGCUUGCAUUCUUUGCGAGUUCUGUUAGUCCUGAACUGUUUCCUGUUAAUGCACAUUUGUCUUAUGUUGUGUAAA